CAGAGCCACCCAGCUUACUAGAGGCCGAGCCAGCACUAGCCCCCAGGGCUCCUGUCCGGAGGAGGCUGGGCGGGGCCCUCAUCGCUAAGCCCCGCCCCUCCCCAUCCUCCACCCCUUCAGACCUUCUCACGGAUUUCCUCUCCUCCAGGGGCAGGACUCUGAUAGGAGGUCAUGGAGAGAGAACCCAGUGUCUGCUUUUCCCAGACCAGCAAGGAAGGACCAUGUGCCAGGGGUCGUUAUCAUUCAGAGAUGUGGCUGUGGGCUUCACCCGUAAGGAGUGGCAGCAGCUGGACCCUACACAGAGGACCCUGUACCGGGACGUGAUGCUGGAGAACUACAGCCACCUGGUCUCCGUGGGGUGUCAAGUCACCAAACCAGCUGUGAUCUUCAGGUUGGAGCAGGGGCAAGAACCGUGGAUGAAGGAGGAAGAGAUCCUCAGAUGGAGCUUUCCAGAAGUUUUGCAAGUUGAUACCCAAGUAGAUAGACAAUGGGAACAACAAGACAAACUUUUGAAGCAAGCUGCACUCCUAGACAAGAAAAAGUUGACCCCAGAAGGGCACAACGCAUGUAACACGGUUGAGAAAAACACCUGUCCGAACACAAACGUCGUUUCUUCAGGACAACAGGUCCCUAAGUGCGGGUUGUGUGGAGCAGCCUUGCCGGGUAAUGCAGGCGUUACUCCUAAUGCAUACCUUGCAAGAAGGAGAUUUGAAUAUGAUGCACAGGGGAACUUAUUUCUCUAUUCUAAGCUGGAAACUCCACAUUCUGGGGCACAUCCACAUGAAUGUAACCAAUGUAGAAAUGCUUUAAGCCGUGACCAAGCCCUUAAUGCUGAUCAGAGAACCGACAGUAACGAGAAACCCCAGAGAUGUACCAAAUGUGGGAAAGGCUUCUCCCAUAAAUCAGAACUCAUCACCCAUCAGAGAGUCCACAGGGAUGAGAAGUCCUCUGGAUGCAACGACCAGAGGGAUGGCCUGAGGGAGGAGAAGGUUUGCCUCAGCAAAAAACGUCUGGGAAAUCACACAGACGAGAAACCCAGUGGAAACGGCAAAUGCGGUAUAAAGCUCUCCCCAGAAACAAGCCUCUCCAUACCCGAGGCCAUUCUGGCUGGAGAGAAGCCUUAUAAGUGUUCAGACUGUGAGAAAAUCUUCUCCCACAAGUCACGUCUCAUCGAACACCACAGAUCCCACACGGGAGAGAAACCCUACGGCUGCGAAGAAUGUGGGAAAUCUUUCUCCCGGAAGUCAUGCCUCAUUAUCCACUACAGAAUCCACACAGGAGAGAAGCCCUAUGGCUGUAGCCAGUGUGGGAAAGCCUUCUUCCAGAAGUCACACCUCAUCCUUCACCAGAGGACUCACACCGGAGAGAAACCCUACGAAUGCAGCGAAUGUGGGAAGGCUUUCUCCCAAAACUCCUGCCUCAUCAUACACAAGAGAACCCAUAUGGGCAAGAAGCCCUAUGAAUGCUCUGACUGUGGGAAAACGUUCUCCCAGAAGGCGAACCUCAUCAGACACCACAGAAUUCACACCAGGGAGAAACUGUAUGGAUAAAGUGAGAGACAAGGUUUUCAUCAGGAAUUCCCAACACAUCUAGGAUGAAAACCCUGUGGAUUUUGUGAAUGUGGAAAAUCCUUCAGCAAGAAGUCCAUUGCCACUGUGGGCAGACCUUCCUACCAAGUUGGAGAACUAGGAAAUGCUUAUUCUCUUAAAACUAAGGAUAGAAGGGUAAUGAUGCUCUAGAGGGAUCUAUUUUUAUAGGAUAAACUUAACUAUGAAGUGUAUCUGUGUCUACAUUAACUGUGGCUAUUGAGCUCUAAGUGAAUAAUUUAAACCAUUAAGACAACAGAUUGAAUAAGGCACAGAACAAUCCCAGCGGUAUGUGGGGACUAUGUUCCUGGAGAUGCUACAUAAACAGAAUUUUAUUUUACUUAUUUUUGAACUGCAUUUGUAGUUGAACAUAAUUGAACUUGUAGACACAGAUACCAUAAUAUGUAGGAUGACAUCUAUCAAGAGUUUCCACACUAAAUUACACCCUUCUGUCUUUAAUAUACAUUAUACCUGGGAUUUACUACUCAACCAGAAGUCCAUACACUGUACCACAUACCAUUUGGUUUUUUGUUUGCUGGCAAGUAUUACAGAGCCCCCCUGGAUCUGGAAACCAGCAGUUUCAUGACAUCUCCUGAUCUCUCUCCCCAUCAACUAGUUUAUAAGUCAUGUUAAAUGAGUAAGGUUGGGACUCCCUUUUCUGGCAGUAUAGUGGACCACCUAAAGUGAAAAACGUUCCACUGUAAACCAUUUGAAAUGAUGGACAAUAACAGGUAACAUUCUUUUAAAUGCAUAAUUCAGCUUGCAAGAAAAUCAGUGAGGCUUCCAGGUGCCAGUUCCAGAGGGAACUGAAAAGUGUGCAAGUUGAUGCUGUAAGCUGCCCUGUAGGUUUGUUUACCCAGAAGUGUGGGUGUUAAAAGCUAUAGGCAGAAGGCUUGGCACUGAAAUACCUCAUAAAUUGAGAAACUUCAAAAGCCUGUAUGUACAUAUAGGGAAAGGAUGGACCGGAGAAAAACCUGCUCAUUUGCUCAGGAAGCUUGCCUGUCUCCCUGGGCUCUGGUAAGGAAAGAAUUUACCCUGAUGAUUCACAAGCCGUGACCUGCACCUCUUAUGAGUUAGAAUUGUUAAUUUGCCCUAUUCAUACCCCGGUUGAUAAACUGAACAAUUAACAUAGAAAUUUGUCCUGGUCUUUGAAACAACGUUACAGAAGCAAACACAAACUAUUCUUGGAGGAAGACACCCUCAACCUGUGUUUCUCAGGGUUCUGACAUACAAACCCAAGAUGAGUUCAUAAUCCAGAAUAAUAAAAUGUGAAGAAAGUCAACAGACAUUUUAACAAAAUAAAAACCUGAAGUCUUUUAAGGUGAUAGAAAAAUCUGAAAUUCUAUAAAAAUGACUGUCUUGAAAAAUGAUGAAAAACAAAAAAUCAAAACUGCAUGAAAGCAAAGACACAAAGAAAGAUAACUGGCUAAUUUGGAAAAAGAACCACAUAGGGUGUCUAGAAAUGAAAAAUAUAGUCACUGAAAUUUAAAACUCAGCGUUAAAAUAUUCUACAUGUCAAACAGAUUAUACUCAGCUGAAGAAAAUGGGAACAGGAAGGCAGAGCUAUAAGCCAAUUCACAGAAUUCAGUAUAUGGAGAGGUGGAAAAUGUGAAAGAAUGGGGGAAGAGACAUAAAAAUGAGAAGAGCAGGGACUUCCCUGGCGUCCAGUGGUUAAGACUCCAAGCUUCCACUGCAGGGGGCAUGGGUUCGAUCCCUGGUCAGGGAACUAAGAUCCCGCACGCUGCAAAGCACGGCCAAAAGUACCAAAAACAAAACAAAACGAAAAAAAGAGAGAAGAGCAAACAGGAGCUCCUGAAAGGCAAAAUGAAAAAAACGGAAGAAAAGUAAAUAUUCAAAGAUGUAUUGGCUCAGAUUUAACAAAAGCUGUGCAUUAACAUGCAUAUGUGUGUGCAAUAUAUAUAUG